CUGUUCGUACGGGUGGUGCUACGCCUGCGCGGUGGCGGGCGCGUCGGUGUUGCUGUCGGCGAUCGAGGUGGAGCGACGCUUCGAGAUGAAGAUCGCCACGGCGAUGCCGAUGAGGGCCACGACCGCGAUGACGACCCGGACCACCGGGUUGGCGUCGGGGCCGACCGAGAGGACGACGACGGCCGGGGCGAUCAGCACCGAGACCAGGUUCAUGACCUUGAUCAGCGGGUUGAUCGACGGGCCGGCGGUGUCCUUGAACGGGUCACCGACGGUGUCGCCGAUGAUCGUCGCCUCGUGGGCGUCGGAGCCCUUGCCGCCGUGGUUGCCGUCCUCGACCAGCUUCUUCGCGUUGUCCCAGGCGCCACCGGAGUUGGCCAGGAACACCGCCAUCAGCGUGCCCGAGGCGAUCGCGCCCGCGAGGUAGCCCGCGAGCGGACCGACGCCGAGGCCGAAGCCGACGGCGAUCGGGGCGAGGAUGGCGAGCAGGCCGGGGGUGGCCAGCUCGCGCAGCGCGUCGCGGGUGCAGAGGUCGACCACGCGGCCGUACUCCGGGCGCUCCGAGCCGUCCAUGAUCCCCGGCCGGGUGGAGAACUGGCGCCGGACCUCGUAGACGACCGCACCCGCCGCCCGGGACACCGCGUUGACCGCGAGACCCGAGAACAUGAACACGACCGCGGCACCGAUGACGACGCCGACGAGCAGGUUCGGGGCCGUGACGUUGUAGAGGUCGGUGAGCUGCUGCCCCGCCUCCGCGUAGGCCUGGGUGAUCGCGUCGUUGUACGACCCGAACAGCGCGGUCGCCGCGAGGACGGCCGUCGCGAUCGCGAUGCCCUUGGUGAUGGCCUUCGUGGUGUUCCCGACCGCGUCGAGCUCGGUCAGGAUCUCGGCGGCCGGGCCGUCGACGUCGCCCGACAUCUCGGCGAUGCCCUGGGCGUUGUCGGAGACCGGCCCGAAGGUGUCCAUCGCGACGAUGACGCCGACCGUGGUCAGCAGGCCGGUGCCCGCGAGGGCGACGGCGAACAGGGCCACGAACACCGAGCCCGACAGCAGGAACGCGCCGUACACGGCGGCCCCGAUGACGAUCGCGGUGUAGACCGCCGACUCGAAGCCGACCGAGAUGCCGGCGAGGAUGACCGUGGCGGCACCGGUGAGCGAGCUGGUGCCGACGUCCUUGACCGGCUGGGUCUCGGUGCCGGUGUAGUAGCCGGUCAGCGCGAGGAUGAUGAUCGCCAGCACGAUGCCGAUGACCACCGCGGCGAACGCGAUGAUCU